AUGAUGCUGUAUCAGGGUGAUACUGGUUUAGCGGCUGAACGCUAUCUUAUAGCGGUCAGCGAACGAUCGGUAGCGCGAGUGCCGAUUGCGCACUGCGAUAGAUUCAGUUCAUGCGCUGAAUGCGUGGCACUACGUGAUCCACACUGCGCCUGGGAUUUGGAGACUAAAAGAUGUGUGCUUCUAAAUGACCUGGACGGGACAUAUGAGCAGGAUAUCUCAACAGGAUGGGCACAGGGCUGUGUUAGCACUCAUUCUGCUCUUCAACAACUGUUUUUCGACGCUGCUCCGGCUAGCAGCGAACACGAUCGCUUGCAAGGUAUUUUUAAGUUCGAACAUUUAAACGAGGAAAGGCAACCACACUGA